UUUUCUAUAAUAUGUUACAGAGGGCAGGUAACCGAUUGGACCAUGAACAGUGGUUACAGUCUCUGAUAGAUGCAAUGGCUCUACCUGGUACUGCCAACACGUUCAGUGCAAGGCCUGUCAUGCAUUUCCGCUACUCCAGCCAGGAUCACCACGAAAAUUUAAUUGAAAGAAUAAAGAGCUUCAGGUGCCCUUCUUAUUCUUCAGCCCCCAAUGAUGAUGGAGCAAUCCCUAAACAAUCUGGCAGUUAUGAAACAUCCACCUCCUCGUCUCACAGCUCCAACAUCGGGCAGAGUUCCUCAGAGCGUUGCAUGUUGCGGAGGGUGCUGUCAGACAGUCGUACUCAACUGCGGAGACCUGUGCCUCACCGCAGCUCUGUACGCCUCAGCAAGAUCGCAUUUAGUGACACGUCUAUACCUGUCAGCACCCGUACACAGCAGCUCUCCUUGGCACACUCGAACGAGAAAUGUCAGAGCAUGCAGGAGCUUCGUGACAGUGUGCAUAUCAAUGAAGAUACACUGAAGUCACAAGAGCUCGUCGGCAGACAUCGCACAGUGCGGAAUUCUAUCGAGUCAGAGAGAGCAAUUUUGGGUGGAAGUAAGGAAAGCAAACUAUCAAACUCCAUCAAGAUCGAGUUGAAUUUAGAAGAUGUGGACUGUAAAAACAGUGAACUCGUGAAGGAGCAAAAGAUUGGAAAUAUCAAAAUUGUUCUAGAUGGUUGUGCGAUUUAUGGAAGCUCUGAGCUCAAAAAUGGUAGUGGUGGUAGCACUUGUAAAAUCAAUGGUUCGGCUGAGAAUGAUCAGAAUUAUUUUGAAAACAAAAGGCUGAAUCCUCAGUUACAUGGAAGUAAAGGAGCGAAAAGUGAUACAGACUUGACCAACAAGCAUAAAAUUAGGAGGCAGUCCUCAAGCUGUGAGAAUAUGCAAACUUUGGAUCGAAGUAUCGGAUCAACAUACUAUGAUGCCUCUGAGAGAAUGGAAGUGAUUGGCAGGGAACAGAGAAUGUCACAGUUGAUGUCUGGAGACGCUCAAAGCAGUUCUGGUAGAAAGACAAACAAGAAAAGAUCAAAUUCCAUCUUGAGUAGGUUCCUGGAAAACAAGCAAGAUACAGAGGAGGGAGGAACACUAGAAAGGAAAGCAACGGUCAAGAAAAGACUGAGUUUCCUGCGGAAAAUGUGGAAAAGAAGGGAAAAGAAAGCUGAGGAAGAAGAUUAUGAGUCAAUUGAUUAUGAAUCAAUUACCUGUUGUCAUGGAGCUGCCAAGUCCAGAAGUUGAAAAGGUUUGUAAAGAUUCUU